UGAAAAUUUCGCCAACUGGAAAGAGAGGGAGCAGCAGAAUUAGUUCGCUAACUAGGAAAGAAAGAAAGAAAACAUCGCCAGGUAAAUCUUAAUGAAAUUAAAUAUGUCAAACAACCUCAAUGUUUAGAAUAACAUUGCAUUUUAUGUAUUUGAAAUCUGAUGUGAAACAGUAACUUUUGAAACGGAGUAGCUUCAAUCUGGCUAACUACUAGUAAUGUAACGUUAGCUAGCGAUGCAUGCCAUGGAUAGCUAACGUUAACAUAGCCUAGCUAACGUUAUCUAACAACAUUUCCGGAAAAGGGCUAGCUAACAUUAGCUAGCUAGUGCUACUACUAGCAACAUUUUUUUACCUGCUUUGCUAGCCCAAACACUAUUACUAAUUUACUGUACGUUACCAAUGUACAGAGUCAUAAUGGGAAGACCAAAGAGGACGACCAAACAACGUAAAAACCCCAAGUUGGACAAAUUGGAGGCAUUUCUCGAAGAUUUCGACAGUGAGGGUAUGGUUAACUGCUAGCCAUAAUAUGAACAGAAAACGUUUGUGAAUGUUCACUUUUGUCUAACCUUUCCAACCACACGUUGUCUUUGCAGUGAAAACCGUAGUUGAAAGGCUGAAGGAGAGGACAAACAGCCUCCUGAAAGAUGCAGACAACUUCUACAACAUGGCUGUGAUCAAGCUGCCAAAGGCAGUGAGACAGAUGAACUGGCUUGAGCAUUGUGGUAAAUUAGCUGGCUAGCUAAGUGAAGAAGCAUGCACCAGACUGUUCUCUCAUAGACUGUUCUCUCUGCUACCCGCACAGCAAGCGGUACCAGAGCACCAAGUCUAGGUCCAAAAGGCUCCUUAACAGCUUAUACACCAAGCCAUAAGACUGCUGAACAGUUAAUCAAAUGACUACCCGGACUAUUUACAUUGACCCCCCCCCCCCCCCCCCCCUUUGUUUUUACACUGCUGCUACUCGCUGUUUAUUAUCUAUGCGUAGUCACUUUACCCCUACCUACGUGUACAUAUUACCUCGACUAACCUGUAACCCGCACAUUGACUCUGUUCCUGUACCCCCUGUAUAUAGCCUCGUUAUUGUUAUUUUAUUGUGUUACUUUUCUAUAUAUUUUUUUACUUCGGUUUAUUUAGUUAAUAUUUUCUUAACUCUUAUUUUUCUUAACUACAUUGUUGGUUAAGGGCUACACCUGUUGUAUUCGGUGCAUGUGACAAAUAACAUUUGAUUUACUUUUGAUUUGAUGAAAGGUGGGUUAGAGAUAUGUUGUUUUAUCUGACAAACGGACACUUCUCCUUUAUCCCUUCAGGGUCAGAGAAACCAAAGUCACCCGUGUCACCAGUGGAGGAUGCCAAGGUGGGUUUUCUAAAUUAAAAUGGAAUAUUUAAUCAACUGUCGGUUUUUAAGUCUGGCCAUGGUUUUGACACCACAGGAAGUGCCACCCACCCACAUUCGCUCUUCACUCUUAUUUGUCUACUUCCAGAAAGUAGAAGAGGCUGCCCAAGUGGAGAGCAUUAUGGCUGAAGUCCAUACAAUUCCUCCCAAGACUGCUAAAAAAGGUAAGUCUCUUUGUUAUAUACCAGUUUAUGUGUCUCCUUUGAAUCCCACUGGAUGUUAGUUACUCUGCUCCCCUCUGCAGCAACGUCGAAAAGGGGUGGAGCCAGGACAAGUUCAGAGGAUGAGGAGAACAAUAUUACGGCCACAGGGAAAAAGGUUAGUGCUGUAUUUAUUGGCAAGGUUAGGGAGAAUUAUCGUGCAUUUAGUUUCAGAAAAUUCAAUGUAGUCCUCAAUAGCCUCCUUUCUUUUAGGCUUUUGCGUUUUAUUCCAAAUUAUAGCAAUAGGCCAAAUCAUUAUUAGUAGUAAGCCAUGUUUAGCUCAAGAUGAAGACUUGCACUGUUGCCUCAUGGCCCAUUUCUUCUCUAUUUCUCAGGGUAAAUCAACUAGGAAACCUCCAACGUCAAAGAGAGCCAAAGCACUGUCAGUCAGCAAGCAGAACACCUCCAUCAGAAAGUAAGACCCUUUCCUAAGCCGGAAUCUGCAGAUAAUUGUUAGUGUGUGUUUAUGGAUGUAUGCAAAUAACUUGCUGAUAUUAAUUUGCCACUUGUGUUCAGUUCCAGUAGGAAGCCACUGGUCACUCCUUCCAGGAACAUGUUGGACAGUUCCCUCAUGGGCCCUACCCCUCUCAUCACACCACGCUUCGACUCCAGGUAAAGUGGCAGUGGGUAAUGUUAAGAGGUUUUAAUAAGAUGAGUCAGAGUCUUGCUGCGGCUUGUCCAUGACGAGUUUUGCCUAAAGCUGGUUGUGGUUAGAGAACGGUCUAUCCAAUCUUUCCCCUAGUAACAUUUUCGAGUUGGGACACAAAGGCCCCCAAAGCAACAUUGGGUACCACUGUGCUAGUGGCCACUGCUUUACUUGUCAUCAUAUAUCCCAGGCUUCCCAAGACCCCAGCGGUGAGGAUACCCCGCCACAAGGAGAGGGUAUACAGCAUCUCGGUCAAUGGCUCCCCCAUCUCUGGAUGCAGUAAUGAUAUCGCCAUCAAUGUCCCUGUGGGGAACGGAGAGGUAAGCAGGCUACCAUCAGCCUUCCAUUUUUAGAUGUAUCCUUACUGAACAGUAUGUGCGACCAUCUGACUUGGAUAAAUACCCUCACUAACCCCUCUGACUGUUUGUCAUGUUACUUGUGUAAACAUUUUUCCAUGACAGAAUUUUAAAAAACUAUUUGGGGUGGACCAAUGUAGACAUUUUCAAAUAUAUGCUUAAGUUUUAUAUCAUGACAUUUCAACCUGAAAGCUUUUGGUCAUCAGCGCAAUGCUGAGUGAAUCCUAUUUGAGUCCGAAAAAGAAAGAAACCUUGCAGAGAACCUAUCCAACUGACAAUCUCUUAGGAAAAAAAUAAAUAAACUAUUGGAACCAAGAUAACUGAUAUUGGCACAAGAUGGAGACAGCCUAUAGGGAGGAGGUUGGAGACCUGGCAGUGUGGUGCCAGGACAACAACUUCUCCCACAACGUGAGCAAGACAAAGGAGCUGAUCGUGGACUACAGGAAAAGAAGGGCCGAUCACGCCCCUAUUCACAUCGACAGGGUUGUAUUGGAGCGGGUCAAGAGUUUCAAGUUCCUUGGUGUCCACAUCACCUACAAACUAUCAUGGUCCAAACACACCAAGUCCGUCAUGAAGAGGGCACGACAAUACCUUUUCCCCCUCAGGAGACUGAAAAGAUUUGGCAUGGGUCCCCAGAUCUUCAAAAAGUUCUACAGCUGCACCAUCGAGAGCAUCCUGACCGGUUGCAUCACCGCCUGGUAUGGCAACUGCUCGGCAUCCAACCGUAAGGCGCUACAGAGGGUAGUGCGUACGGCCCAGUACAUCACUGGGGCCAAGCUUCCUGCCAUCCAGGACCUAUAUACUAGGCUGUGUCAGAGGAAGGCCCAAAAUAUUGUCAAAGACUCCAGUCACCGAAGUCAUAGACUGUUCUCUCUGCUACCGCACGGCAAGCAGUACCAGAGCGCCAAGUCUAGGUCCAAAAGGGUCCUUAACAGCUUCUACCCCCAAGCUAUAAGACUUCUGAACAGUUAAUCAAAUGGCUACCCGGACUAUUUACAUUGAUCCCCCUUCCCCCUUUCUUUAUCUAUGCAUGGUCACUUUACCCCUACCUACAUGUACAAAUUACCUCGACUAACCUGUACCCCCGCACAUUGACUCAGUACCGGUACCUCCUGUAUAUAGCCUCGUUAUUUUAUUGUUACUUUUCUAUAUAUUUUUCAGCACAUGUGACAAAUACAAUGAUUUGUUGGACCAUAACAAACAAAAUUACAGUUAACGGAAAUGUAAGCUUAAUCCAGUAUCAACUAAUGUAUAGCAUUUAUUAUACAAGAGACAAUUCACAAGUUCUACAGCACAAUGUCAGAGUCUUAAGUGUAAAACUAACAAUAAUUCAUGCCUACUGGGAGUGUUAUGAAGUUCAAAGGUUAUGGGCAGAGUUGGAAAGCUGGCUGUCGGAAGAUUUACAAUGCAACUUAUGUUACUUUUUAAUCCGUCUAUCUGCAUAUUUCAAGACAUGACAUAUGGGGGUGUGGUGAGAUGCCCAAUGUGUUGGACAAUAUUAUUUUCGUCACUUAUAUUGAAGAAGCUAUUACUUAAAUACUGGAAGUCAAAUGAUACUCCAACGUUAAGAGAAAAUUGUAUUAUUUUUUUUUUUUACAUUGAACUUUUAUUUAACUAGGCAAGUCAAUGAAGAACAAAUUAUUAUUUGCAAAUACUGCCUACCAAGAGGCAAAAGGCCUCCUGCGGGGACGGGGGAUUAAAGAUGUAGGACGAGACACAUCACGACAAGAGAGACCUAAGACGACAACACAGCAUGGUAGCAACCCAUUUACAUUUUAGUCAUUUAGCAGACGCUCUUAUCCAGAGCGACUUACAGUUAGUGAGUGCAUACAUUUUUCAUACUGGCCCCCUGUGGGAAUCGAACCCACAACCCUGGCGUUGCAAGCGCCAUGCUCUACCAACUGAGCUACAGAAGGCCCUAUGACAAGUGCUCAUUGUGCAAAUGAAGUUUGUUUUCAAUCAAUAUUGGGAGACUAAAUAUAGUUUCAAUGUUGUCAACAAUCUAGGGCAACCCCAUAGUUGCGUAUGCGUCGGUUUUGUUGCUAAACAACCAAGCCGUCUAUUCACUAUAUAAUGCAUUACUUUUGGGCCCUGGUCAAAAGUAGUGCACUACAUAGGGAAUAGGGUGACAUUUCAGAGGUGCCCCACACCUUAUUAGACUGCAUCCACCCACCCAGACAAUUGUACUGUACUACAUGUUAGUGUAACUCCGGGUCGCGUGUCAAGUCCAUUGCAAUUCAGGAAGCUUGAGAAUUGUGAAAAAUCUUUACUGAAAAUAAAUUAAGAAGAUAACACAGCAUGGCAGCAACACAACAUGACAACAACACGGUAGUAACACAACAUGGCAGCAACACAUGACAACAACACGGUAGUAACACAGCAUGGCAGCAACACAACAUGACAACAACACGGUAGUAACACAACAUGGCAGCAGUACAAACAUUGUUAGGCACAGAACACAGCACAAAGGGCAACAAGGUAGAGACAAUGCGUCAUGCGAAGCAGCCACAAGUGUCAGUAAGAUGGCGCUGACAGACACGUCAGCUCUGCUUCUAGCUCCUAAGCAACUUUGCAGUAUUUCGUUUUUUGUGUGUGUUAUUUCUUACAUUAUUAGCCCAGAAUAGUUUUUGGUGCUAUUACAUACAGCCGGAAAUAACUUUUGGAUAUCAGAGCGGCGGUAACUCACCAGCAUUACAACCAGGAAUAUGACUUUACAGAAUUGGAUCCUUUGUUCGUACCCCCCAGGGCAAUUGAGGCUGCUCCAAGACGCCGCCAGCGGAGAAGAGGUAUUCGGAGUGGACUUGUAGUCCAACUCUGGAGGCGUGCACACCAUCCACCGCUUUCGAGUAUAUUACUUACUAAUGUUCAGUCUCUGGACAAUAAAGUAGACAAGCUCAGGGCGAAGAUCUGUGUCCAGAGACACAUCAGGGACUGUAACAUACUCUGUUUCACGGAAUCAUGGCUCUCUCAGGAUAUACUAUCCCCGUCCAUACAGCCAGCUGGAUUCUCAGUACAUCGCGCAGACAGGAAUAAUGAACUCUCCGGGAAGAAGAAAGGCAGUAGUGUAUGUUUCAUGAUUAACUACUCAUGGUGUGAUUGUGAUAACAAACAGGAACUCAUGUCCUUUUGUUCACCUGACCUAGAAUACCUCACAAUCAAAUGCCGACCGUAUUACCUCCCAAGAGAAUUCUCUUCGGUUAUAGUCACAGCCGUGUAUAUUCCCCCUCAAGCCGAUACCACGACGGCCCUCGAACUACACUGGACUUUAUGCAAACUGGAAACCACAUAUCCUGAUGCCGCAUUUAUUGUAGCUGGGGAUUUUAACAAAGCAAAUUUGAGGAAAAUGCUACCGAAGUUCUAUCAACACAUUGACUGUAGUAUUUGCUCUGUAAAAACACUUGACCACUGCUACUCCCCCUUUUGAGAUGCCUACAAGGCCCUCCCAUCGGCAAAUCAGAUCACGACUCCAUUUUGCUCCUCCCUUCCUAUAGUCAGAAAUCUCAAACAGGAAGUACCCGAGUUAAGGUCUAUUCAACGCUGGUCUGACCAAUCGGAAUCCAUGCUUCAAGAUUGCUUUGAUCACGCGGACUGAGAUAUGUUCCGGGUAGCCUCUGAGAAUAACAUUGACGUAUACAUUGACUAAAACACGGACACGGUGACUGAGUUCAUCAGGAAGUGUAUAGGGGAUGUUGUUCCCACUGACUAUUAAAACCCGAACCAAUCUCUCCCUAUCCCAGUCUGCUGUCCACACUUGCUUCAAGAAGUCAACCAUUGUUCCUGUACCCAAGAAAGUAAAGGUAACUGAACUAAAUGACUAUCGCCCCAUAGCGCUCGCUUCUGUCAGCAUGAAGUGCUUUGAGAGGCUAGUUAAGGAUCAUAUCACCUCUACCUUACCUGACACCCUAGACCCACUUCAAUUUGCUUACCGCCCCAAUAGAUCCACAGACGAUACAAUCACCAUCACACUGCCCUAUCCCAUCUGGACAAGAGGAAUACCUACGUACGAAUGUUGUUCAUUGACUAUACCUCAGCCUUCAACACCAUAACGUCAACAAAAUGAAGGAGCUGAUCGUGGACUUCAGGAAACAGCAGAUGGAGCACACAUCACUGACAAUCUGAAAUGGUCCACCCGCACCGACAGUGUGGGGAAGAAGGCACAACUGCGCCGCCUCAACCUCAGGAGGCUGAAGAAAUUUGGCUUGGCCCCUAAGAUCCUCACAAACUUUUACAGAUGCAUAAUUGAGAGCAUCCUGUCGGGCUGUAUCACCGCCUGGUACGGCAACUGCACCGCACGCAACCGCAGGGCUCUCCAGAGGGUGGUGCAGUCUGCCGAACGCAUCACCGGGGGCACACUGCCUGCCCUCCAGGACACCUACAGCACCCGAUGUCACAGGAAGGCCAAAAAGAUCAUCAAGGACAUCAACCACCCGAGCCACGGCCUGUUCACCCCGCUGUCAUCCAGAAGGCGAGGUCAGUACAGGUGCAUCAAAGCUGGGACCGAGAGACUGAAAAACAGCUUCUAUCUCAAGGCCAUCAGACUGUUAAAUAGCCAUCACUAGCUGGCUACCACCCUGUUACUCAACCCCACACCUUAGAGGUUGCUGCCCUAUAUACAUAGGCAUGGAAUCACUGGCCACUUUAAUAAUGGAACACUAUUCACUUUUAAUAAUGUUUACAUACUGCUUUACUCAUCUCAUAUGUAUAUACUGUAUUAUAUUCUACUGUAUUUUAGUCAAUGGCACUCCGACAUUGCUCGUCCUAAUAUUUAUAUAUUUCUUAGUUCCAUUCUUAAACUAUUAGAUUUGUGUGAAUUGUUAGAUACUACUGCACUGUUGGAGCUAGGAACACAAGCACUUCGCUACACCCGCAAUAACAUCUGCUAAACUUGUGUAUGUGACCAAUAACAUUUGAUUUGAAGAGUGUCCAUGAUUGAGUCUUUGAUUGUAGAGAUGGAGAUAAAACUGUCGAGUGAGUUUUUUUGCAGCUCGUUCCAGUCGCUAGCUGCAGCGAACUGAAAAGAGGAGCGACCCAGGGAUGUGUGUUCUUUGGGGACCUUGAACAGAAUGUGACUGGCAGAAUGGGUGUUGUAUGUGGAAGAUGAGGCUUGCAAUAGGUAUCUCAGAUAAGGGGGAGUGAGGCCUAAGAGGGUUUUAUAAAUAAGCAUCAGACCAUUGGGUCUUGCGUCGGCUAUACAGAGCUGGACAGUUUACAGAGAGUAUAGCGUGUAGUGAUGUGUUCUAUAAAGAGCAUUGGUGGGAAAUCUGAUGGCUGAAUGGUUAAGAACAUCUAGCCCCCUUACCUGCCGAUUUAUAAAUUACGUCUCCGUAAUCUAGCAUGGGCAGGAUAGUCAUCUGAAUCAGGGUUAGUUUGUAGCGUGGGUGAAAGAGGAGCGAUUACGAGGUAAAGGGCAGAGAAAGCUUGUUGGACACUAAGAAUGCUUUGAUGUAGAGUGUUUAACACAAAAUCCGGGGAGGGGCCAGCUGAGUAUAAGACCGUCAUCUGCAUAUAAAUGGAUGAGCGAGCUUCCUACUGCCUGAGCUAUGUUGAUGAUGAUAAAUUGAGAAGAGCGAGGGGCCUAGGAUCGAGCCUUGGGUUACUCCCUUGGUGACAGGCAGUGGCUUAGACAGCAGAUGUUGACUUUACACACUGCGCUUUUUGAGACGGGUAGUUAGCAAACAGGCCAAAGACCCCCUCAGAGACACCAAUACUCCUUAGCCGACCCACAAGAAUGGAAUGGUUUACUGUAUCAAAAGCUUUGGCCAAGUCAAUAAAAAUUGCAGCACAUCAUUGCUUAGAAUCAAGGGCAAUGGUGACAUCAUUUAGGACCUUUAAGGUUGCAGUGACGCAUCCAUAACCUGAGUGGAAACCAGAUUGCAUACCAGAGAAUACUAUAGACCUCAAGAAAGCCAGUCAGUUGAUUAUUGACCAGUUUAUCCUACACUUUUGAUAAACAAGGCAAGAUCAAAAUUGGCCUAUAACAGUUAGGAUCAGCUCGCUCUCCCUCUUUUAAAUAAAGGAUGCACUGUGGCUGCCUUCCAAGCACUGGGAACCUCUCCAGAGAGGAUAGACAGGCCCGGCGAUGAUAGGGGCUGCAACCUUAUAAAAUAAAGGAUCAAUGCUUUAUUAACCUCAUAGAAUCAAAUGCUUUAUUAUUUAAAUAUUGAAAAACAUCUGGCUACAGACAAACAAUAUAACCCAAUUUGAAAUCAUAUGGGGGAGAGUUGUACAUGCAUUAGCAACAUUGGGUGUGGAUACAGUGUGAACAUGUGUGUCUGAACAAGUGUGAUGUCAUUAAUGUUUGUGGAAAUGUAUGUAAAUGUGAGUUGUCUAUUGUUUUUGUCUGUGUUUUUGUUUGUCAAAAAAGUCUCCUAUUGAACAAAAAAAUUCACGCAACAUGCCACAAUUUCAAAGGUUUACUGAGUUACAGUUCAUAUGAGGAAAACAGUCAAUUGAAAUAAAUUCAUUAGGCCCUGAUCUAUGGAUUUCACAUGACUAUAUACAGAUAUGCAUCUGUUGGUCACAGAUACUUGUGGUAAUGUAGUGUAUGUUGACGCCUGCUUGUCGAACAUCUCAUUCCAAAAUCAUGGGCAUUAAUAUGGAGUUGGUCCCCCCUUUGCUGCUAUAACGGCCUCCACUCUUCUGGGAAGGCUUUCCACUAGAUGUUGAAACUUUGCUGCGGGGACUUGCUUCCAUUCAGCCACGAGCAUUAGUGAGGUUGGGUACUGAUGUUGGGCGAUUAGGCCUGGCUCGCAGUCGGCUUUCCAAUUCAUCCAAAAGGUGUUCGAUGGAGUUGAGGUCAGGGCUCUGUGCAGGCCAUUCAAGUUCUUCCACACCGAUCUUGACAAACCAUUUCUGUAUGGACCUUGUUUUGUGCUACAUUGUUAUGCUGAAAUAGGAAAGGGCCUUCCCCAAACUGUUGCCACAAAGUUGAAAGCCCAGAAUCGUCUAGAAUGUCAUUGUAUGCUGUAGCGUUCAGAUUUCCCAUCACUGGAACUAAGGUGCCUAGCCUGAACCGUGAAAAACAGCCCCAGGAAUAAUGUUUCCUCCUCCACCAAUCUUUACAGUUGGCACUAUACAUUUGGGCAGGUAGCGUUCUCCUGGCAUCUGCCAAACCCAGAUUUGUCUGUCGGACUGCCAGAUGGUGAAGUGUGAUUUAUCCACUGCUCCAGAGUCCAAUGGCGGCGAGCUUUACACCACUCCAGCCGACGCUUGGCAUUCCGCAAGGUGAUCUUAGGCUUGUGUGCGCGGUUGCUUGGGCAUGGAAACCCAUAUCAUGAAGCUCCCGGCGAACAGUUCUUGUGCCGACGUUGCUUCCAGAGGCAGUUUGGAACUCUGUAGUGAGUGUUGCAACCUAGGACAGACAAUUUUUACGCCUUUCAGCACUCGGCGGCGGUCCCGUUCGGUGGGCUUGUGUGGCCUACAACUUCGCGGCUGAGCCGUUGUUGCUCCUAGACGUUUCCACUUCACAAUAACAGCACUUACAGUUGACCGGGGCAGCUCUAGCAGGGUAGAAUUCUGAUGAAUUUACUUGUUGGAAAGGUGGCAUCCUAUGACGGUGCCACGUUGAAAGUCACUGAGCUCUUCAGUAAGGCUAUUCUACUGCCAAUGUUUGUCUAUGGAGAUUGCAUGGCUGUGUGCUCGAUUUUAUACACCUGUCAGCAACGGGUGUGGCUGAAAUAGCCAAAUCCACUAAUUUGAAGGCGUGUCCACAUACCUUUGUGUGUAUGUAUUUUUUAAAGUACUUGUCGACAUUAUUGAUUGACACAUUUCCUGUGUGUUAAGAUAAGCUUCCUGUGCUGACCUACUGAGGGUUUUUCAUUCCAGUGCAUUCAGCUGCUGGCCAGUCAGAUGGACACUGUGGACCUGGGACAGCUGGACGAGACCGCCAUAAGGAGCAUCCGUCUGCUUCAGGUAUGGUCUUCACCAAUCACCAAAUAG